AAAAAGAUAUCGAUCGUAACGAGAAUAGAGAGUAAUAAAAAUAAAAGGAGGAGAAAAAAUAAUUAUUUUCUUUAGUAAUAUAUCGAACGUUGAUAGAGAUUUUGGUCGAUCUCUCGUUUAAAGCUCCUGGUGGUGGUCAAGAUGGCCGAAAAGAGCAACUCGCCGGGUUCCACGUCGGCUACGACCGGUUCCCAAAAUAAUUCAUUAUUUUUAACCAAUUUUGUCGAACAAAUCAUUAUGAGCCCUUCUAAUCUUAUAUUGGUUGGUAUAAUUGCAAUUCUAGUUUAUAAAAUUCUUAAGAGUAAAUUUAAAUCUGAGGAUCCACCAGUCGAAAUUAAACGUUUACCUAAAUUACAUCGUGAUUUCACUAUCGAAGAAUUGAAAAAAUAUGAUGGUCGUGGACCCGAUGGAAGAAUAUUGGUUGCACUUAAUGGAAGUGUUUAUGAUGUUACUAGGGGUGCCGCAUUCUAUGGUCCAGGUGCAACAUAUGCAGUAUUCGCAGGAAGAGAUGCUAGCAGAGGAUUUGCAACAUUUACAUUAGAACCGAUUAAGGACGAAUAUGAUGAUUUAAGCGACUUAGACAGCGAACAAAUGAGUUCUAUGAAAGAAUGGGAAAUGCAAUUUAAAGAAAGGUAUGAUUACGUAGGAAAAUUAUUAAAACCAGGAGAAGAACCCACGAAUUAUUCCGACGAGGAAGACGAAGGUAGCCAGCAAGAGACUGAAAAUAUAUUGGAUCAACAAAAUACAAAGUCUGAUGUCUGUGAAGCUGAAAUUAAAUCAAAAGAUGAUUGACCGCCCCGUUCUCUAUCUAAAAUGAAGAAAGAAUUUUGGGAAUACACUGCGCGCACAGAGUUGUUACAAAAAUUCUUAGAUUUAUCGUUCAUAGAAAUGUUAACGAACUUUCAGCCAAAUAUUUUAUUGAUUUUUAACACUAUUUCUGAAAGAUAUAAACAUAUUAAUAUCUUUUAGUUUAAUUGAAAAACUCUGAGCCUGGUGUGUUUCUUCUAAAGACUUCGUUUGAGUGCCUGAUUUCAACUAAAACACACAUACUACACACACUCUGAUUAUCAUAUAAAAAUAAUCUUUUUAUAUCUGUACAAAGAAUUUUUCUACCAAAAAUCACAUCAAACUUCUAUUAGGCAGAGUAUUUCUAACUUUCGCUAUGUUUCAAUCAUAUUCUACUACAUUAAAAUGACAUGUGUGUUUUAUGUCACCUGUCAUAUAUCUUACUAUGUUACGAUGAUAGCAUAGAAUAUGUGUACUUGGUGCCCCUGAAAUUUAACAAAUUGGUGUUAAAUUUCAGUUGCAUUUGAAAAUUAGUUUUUAAGUUUUGCAAAUUUUUUUUUACAUACGCGCAGAUAUAUAUAUAUAUAUAAAUAUAUGUCUACGCGUAUGCAUGUGUAUAUUAAAUAGCGUAUAUGCGGCUCUGUUAAUUUUGUCUAAAGUACAUCUUGAUUUUAAGUGUUAAAUUACAAAAUUUGCGUUAUAAUUAACGUCUCUACACAAAUUUUCUUGAAAAUAUUAUUAUUGUUGAGUUAUAAAAAAAAAAAAAAUAUUUUAACAGUAAAUAGUAAUUUCUGCUCUGUAUACUUUAUUUAAAUUAUACUUUUAAUAAAGUUUUAGAAAAAAAUGAAAUCUUACCAGAACACAAUGUUAUUAAUGAAUAUGACAAGAAGAAAAGUUAAAAAAAAGAAAUACAGGAGCACAUAUUCUAAUGUUACUUGCUAAAUAUUUACAAUAUCAAAUGAUUUCGAGAAAAAGAGAAGAAAGAAAAUUGUUUUAUACACAAAAUUUGAUUACAAUGAAAUCAAGAUUUCCAUACUCAAAAAUAUUAUUCUUUAAAAUUUAUCCAUUUGAUAUAUAUAUAUAUAUAUGAAAACAUACGCAGAGCUUUUCCCGCGCAGCAUUUAAUAAUAAUAAUAAUAAUAUAUAAAUCUAUAAAAUAAUUGUUCUGUUUGUAUAGAUAAAAGAAUUUUUCUAUGAAUUACAAUUAUGAAAAAGAUAUUAUUCUAUUCUACCACGUUAUUAUUUUGAACACGAUAAAACACAGAUUUGUUAAUAGAAUUAAUUCAUGAGGUCUCUACACUAUUCAAAUGUAUUCUUGUAAAUAAUUCUUUGUAAGUAGAUUUAUAUAAGAAUAAGCAUACAUAAAUAAUUAAUUAAAUGCGUUUCACUUAAACAAGGAA